UGCAUUCCCAGGAAAGGCGCAGAUGAUAUGGCAGCUUUAUGAGCGACCAGGUGUAACUUGCUUUUGUUAACACGGCAACUGAGGAAAAAACAUGGCAUCGUUUUAAUGUGAAAACAGCGACGGGAAAGCGGUGUCAACGAUGAUCUAUUUAAUAUUGGUUUCGGCACUUACAGGGGCGCUUAUAACGCUUCUGUUACAGUUCCUGUUACUGUACAGGAGGAGCCCCGAGCCAGUGGCCAGGACAGUGCAAUAUGUCAAAGCAGAGCGUGAGCCAGCACUGAGGGAUUAUUUUAAUAACAAACCUGCAGAAUUAGGGCACCAUCAACAGGAUAACACGGUAACCGCGAAACAGCAAGACAGCACCUCUUCCAGACAACAAGACGGUGCUUCUAGUACAAGUACAAGUAGCAGUAGUCCCAAACAGCAGCCGCCGUCACAGCCACAAACCAAUUUUCUGCACGACUCUUCCAAAUCAGAGACCUGCAAUUUCCUCAAUGCAAUAUUUUUGUUUUUGUUCCGAGAGCUGCGGGACACCAAUUUGGUCAGACACUGGGUGACAAAAAAGAUAAAGGUGGAAUUCGAAGAGCUGCUGCAGACCAAGACUGCGGGGAGGCUGCUGGAGGGGCUCAGUCUACGGGACUUCUCUUUGGGAAAUUCUCUGCCUGUGUUCAAGACUGCUAAACUUAUCCGACCCGUGGCGUGCAACGAGGAUGGCAUGCCCGAGGAGCUCAAUUUCGAGGUGGACCUGGAGUAUAACGGAGGGUUCCACCUGGCUAUUGACGUUGAAAUGGUGUUCGGUAAAUCCGCGUAUUUGUUCGUCAAGAUGACCCGUGUCGUCGGGCGGCUGAGACUGCAGUUCACGCGUCUGCCCUUUUCUCACUGGUCAUUUUCCUUCCUGGAGGACCCCCUCAUCGACUUCGAGGUGAGGUCGCAGUUCGAAGGCAGACCCCUGCCCCAACUUACCUCCAUCAUCGUAAACCAGCUGAAGAGAGUCAUCAAGAGGAAACACACAUUGCCAAAUUACAAAAUCAGAUACAAGCCGUUUUUUCCAUUUCAAGUUCAGCCGACGUCGUUGGAGGCAGUAGAUGUGGACCUGUCCAUACAAGACACAGGGCUUGUGGAGGGACGGCUGAAAGUCACUGUGGUUGAAUGUAGCAGAUUGUUUAUCCUGGGAUCCUAUGAUCGGGAGACCUAUGUGCAUUGCACCGUGGAGCUGAGCAGCACUGUGUGGAAAGAAAAACCCAGAAGUUCAAUCAAGACGGCUGAAAUCAUCAAAGGAAACUCCCAAAGUGUUGGCCUGACAUUCAGGCAGGCACCAACCAUUGAAGGGGAUGCUGUGCAUGUCAGUAUUGAGACUGUAGUCCCCAACUCCCCUGCUGCCCUGGCAGACCUUCAGAAAGGAGAUAGACUCAUUGCCAUCGGAGGAGUGAAGGUGACCUCUUCAGUUCACGUCCCGAAGCUUAUUAAGCAGGCUGGGGAUAAGGUGUUGGUUUACUACGAGAGGCCAGUGAAACAUCAGAUACAGCCAGUGGGGGCGCUGCAGGAAGGGUUCACUCAAUUGGAAGAGCCAGCCUACCUGACGCAGCCCGUGUACGAGGAGGACUCUGCCAGCAUCAACACCUUAGACAGCAGCGAUGGCAAAGAUUUGGACCCUGAGUCAGAAGAGCAGGUGUAUGAAGUGAAGCCACCAAGCAGUGAUAUCAAGGAAGAGUCUCUGCUGAACAUAAACCAAAGCCCCAAAAGGACAGUGGCCAACCUUGCUUCUAAACCCCUAGGAACCGUAUCCCCCAUCCUUAACCGCAAAGUGAACCUGGGAGGUCUUCAGGCGCCACUGAAGCCACAGCUGAAGGAUGGGACUAAACCUCCCCUCCCAAAAAACACAGAGCCCCCAGAAUCAACUCAACAGCAAGGCAAGCCUUUGCAUGUCCCUCCAAACAGACCCCCUGUGCCCCCAAGACCACACAUUAAGCUGACCCUGGCUUCCUCAGAAACACAGUGCCUACUGGAUUCAGGAGACGCCCCCAUCGAAAAGCCGGAAAGACCGCCUCCACCUUCGAACAACGGGGAGAAAGCAGCUGAGAAGUCGCCUGUGAAACCCAUGGAACAAAACGAAGAGCUGGAACCCUCAAAUUCAAGCAAAGUGGACUCUAAAGACAAGAUUUCUGAAAGCUCCUGCAGCACUAAGGAUAGUGUGGAGGAUCAAGCAAUGUGGGAAUCCUCGGAAGCCGUUUAUCGCAACCGAACUGCUAGAUGGAAAAAAGCCUCACAAGUGUUUGAGCCAGAGAGUCACCAGAAGUACCUUAACAUAGCACUUUGGUGUAAGGACCCUUUUAAACUUGGUAGUCUCAUCUGCCUCGGACAUGUAAGUUUGAAACUUGAACACAUCGCCUUGGAAUGUCUGUCUACAUCUUCUAUGGAAUAUCAAACCACUUUCAGGCUAAACACACCAGAACCAAAAGCUAGUGUCAGCAGAACUGCUCUGAGAAAUCUAAGCAAUCACAAGGGAUUUAAUGAAAAACUGUGUUACGGGGAUGUUGUUGUAAACUUCACCUAUUUGAAAGAGGGGGAAUCUGAGCACUCUAGCAGUUUGAUGGAAAGGGAAAGAGAAUGCAGCGUACAGGAAGAUGCACCGCAAUUUCCCAAAGAAGAAGCUAACCUCCCACCAAUGCUGAUUACAGAAGUCAAGCAUAAUUUCCAAGACACACAGUUUCAAAACCCAACUUGGUGUGAGUACUGCAAGAAGAAAGUUUGGACCAAAGCAGCAUCACAAUGCAUGAUCUGUGCCUAUGUGUGCCAUAAGAAAUGCCAGGAAAAAUGCCUAGCGGAGAACCCUUACUGCGUGGCAGGUGACAAGAGGGUGGACUUGGAAGCAAAGUCAACCCUGAACAAGGCCACAGGGUUGACCAGACAUAUCAUCAACACUAGCUCCCGCUUGUUAAACCUAAGGCAGAUACCUAAGUCUCGCCUUGUGGAGCAGGGGCCAGAGACAGUCGAACCCUCUCCGAAACACACGCCCAACACAUCUGAUAAUGAAAGCAGUGACACAGAGACAUAUGUUGCCGGCAGUCCAUCCAAACGUCCAGCUCCUGCAAGUACAAAACUAGUUAGAAAAGAAGGAGGCUUAGAUGACAGUGUGUUCAUCGCUGUCAAAGAAAUCGGCCGAGAUCUUUACCGGGGGUUGCCGACAGACGAGAGAUCCCAGAAGCUGGAACUGAUGUUAGACAAGUUGCAACAAGAGAUCGAUCAGGAGCUGGAACACAACAAUUCCCUUGUCCGAGAAGAGAAAGAGACCACUGAUGCCAGAAAGAAGUCUUUGAUUGCUGCAGCCCUGUCCAAAUCCGGAGAAAGACUACAAGCCCUAACCCUUCUCAUGAUCCAUUACCGAGCGGGCAUCGAAGAUCUGGAGUCGAUCGAAAGCACAUCCCCUUUGGAGCAGCAUGGCAGGAAAGCCAGGGGCUCGGAAGAUUCCAUCUCAAACCCGGAAGCGUUUGACAAUGAGAUUGCCAGUCCGAUGGAAGCUCAGAUACUAGAUGAGAUAUCCGAAGAGCAGAGCUGUGUCGAAGCUCUGCCGUGAAGCAGGAGUUGAAAGCCUGUAACUUAGAAAAUCCUUUUUGUCAUGUUUUGUUUUUGUUCAAGCUAGAUGUACAGGUGUAUAUUUUUCAAAAAGCAGUAAGACUGCAGAAUGCUUCCCUUUCGAUGGUUUGCUAAGUAUUUAGCUUUCUAAAGAAAGGGCUUGCAUGAAAGGCAAUGGCAUGUACUGUACUGAAAUUGCUUUGUAAGUUACACUGCCCCAAAAAGUUUAUCACUUCAAAUGUACCGUUGUUCAGUUUGUUUAAGCAGUGUAUUUUUAAUUCUUUGUAACCUCUGUAAAUCUGUGUCUGUGAGCUUUUUUUAUUGCAGAGCUAUUGAUUGUUAUUCUGUCCUGUAAAAGGGAUUAUAUAAAUGACAUUUUAGUUUGUUACUGGUAGGGCUGACAUUCACUAAAGCUUGAGGCCAUUGCAUGUGCAAAAUGAAUGGACUAAAACAACAGUCAUUUUGGGACCAGGGUUGAAAAUGUCAAAGUAGUUUCUUUGUUUUAACUUAGUUUUAUUUCAUUUUUUGUUGAUGUUGUUUCCUUUUGCCACAAAGUGUAUCACAAAGGCAAAAACACUGGCUUAAACUGUGUCCAUUACAAUUAUUGAGUAAACCUGUAUGUAUAUCUUGUUGCUUCUUGCUUUAGUAACUUUAUACGUGUAAGAUGAUUUUUGUAAAACACUGGGGUAGAAUGUAGUACAAAAAUGCCAGACAAUGUUCAUUUUCAUUACCAAACUGUGGUUUUCUGUUACAUUUUGCAGCCCAGUAUGACACCUGAGUGUGCUACAAAUGUGUAUGCACUGUUAAUGUCUGCUUCUAUAUUUCUGCUGUAAUUCUAGCAUUUGGCAAAGCAAUUUGGUAGCAUUUAGGAUGCAUCGCUAAAGUAUAAAUGUGGUAAAAUGAUUAAAGUGAAAGUGCAAUUGUAAAUACUACCAAUUACCUUGAAAGGGACACAGUUAUUUAAAGGGAAUUAUUUUUAUUCUUGCUUGAUGUGACCAGAGAAACACAUUGUAUUUGUGCUGUAGGAAUGUCUGUAGCAGUAUUUUACCACCACAAUACAAAAAUGAGCCUCACUCCACACAAAAAAAUAAAUAAAUGAGUACACCCCAUUGAAGUAAACACGAGCACAGACGAAACGCAAGUAAGCAAAUAUUUCAGUGGUCCUUGAACCUAACAGAUGUACCCUGCACUGUUUCUAUUGAUUUAUAAAUGGAUAUGUUACUUUGCCUGGCAUUGCUACCUUCAGUUUAGCAUUUUACAAGAUGUUCUACAAAGUAAUACAAAUCAUGUAAUCAUGCUUUACUGUACAUAGCUGUAAUAAACAAUACUCGCCCGAAA